AUGGCGGACGAAGCGGCCAACGCAGUGAAAAACGUCUCUGUAGGUGAGCUGUAUGUGUCGGACAGAUGUGGCAGUGAUCAGGACGGAGAGGGGACGGAGCAGAAGCCGUUUAAAACCCCUCUGAAGGCUCUGCUGUCUGUUGGGAAGGAGCCCUUUCCCACAGUCUAUGUGGAUUCCCAGAAGGACGGAGAGCGAUGGGCAGUGAUUUCUAAAACACAGCUUAAGAACGCCAAGAAAGCGUUUAACCGCGAACAGGCGAAGAGCAACGCCAAGGACAAGAAAGAGGCAGAAGACAAUGAAAGACGAGAGAAGAACAUGGAUGAGGCCAAGAAGAUUGUGAUCGAGAAUGAUGCCAGUCUGCCAGAGCCACAGACGUCAAAGAUCCAUCAGCUGGAGGAGAAGCGAGGCAGCAGAGUGAAGGUGUUCGGGUGGGUCCAUCGGCUGCGCAGACAAGGGAAAAACCUGAUGUUCCUCGUGCUCCGUGACGGCACUGGCUUCCUGCAGUGUGUCCUGUCAGACAAACUGUGUCAGUGCUACAAUGGGCUGGUGCUGUCCACAGAGAGCACGGUGGCUCUGUACGGCAUCGUCACUCCGGUCCCUGAGGGCAAACAGGCCCCCGGUGGCCACGAGCUGCACUGCGACUUCUGGGAGCUAAUUGGUCUGGCUCCAGCAGGGGGCGCCGACAACCUCCUGAACGAGGAGUCGGACGUGGAUGUGCAGCUGAACAACAGGCACAUGAUGCUCCGCGGCGAGAACGUGUCCAAGAUCCUGCGAGUGCGAUCCACCGUCACCCAGUGCUUCAGGGAUCACUUCUUCAGUCGCGGGUACUACGAGAUCACGCCUCCCACUCUGGUGCAGACUCAGGUGGAGGGCGGCUCUACGCUCUUUGGCCUGAAUUACUUUGGGGAGCAGGCGUAUCUGACCCAGUCCUCGCAGCUGUACCUGGAGACCUGCAUCCCGGCUCUGGGAGACACCUUCUGCAUCGCACAGUCCUACCGCGCCGAGCAGUCCCGCACACGCAGACACCUGGCUGAGUACACCCACAUUGAGGCCGAGUGCCCCUUCAUCUCCUUCGAGGACCUCCUGCAGCGGCUGGAGGACCUGGUGUGUGACGUGGUGGACCGUGUGCUGGCGUCUCCUGCGGGACCGCUGCUCCGAGACAUCAACCCGGACUUCAAACCCCCCAAACGUCCCUUCAGAAGGAUGAAAUACACUGAAGCCAUCGAGUGGCUGCGAGAACACGACGUAAAGAAAGACGAUGGCUCCUACUACGAGUUUGGAGAGGACAUCCCUGAGGCCCCAGAGCGGCAGAUGACCGACGCCAUCAACGAGACCAUCCUUCUGUGCCGCUUCCCCGCGGAGAUUAAGUCCUUCUACAUGCAGCGCUGCGCCGACGACCGCCGCCUCACCGAAUCUGUGGACGUGCUGAUGCCAAACGUGGGGGAGAUCGUGGGCGCCUCUAUGCGUAUCUGGGACAGUGAGGAGCUGCUGGAGGGGUACAAGAGAGAGGGCAUCGACCCCACACCCUACUACUGGUACACGGACCAGAGGAAGUACGGCACGUGUCCUCAUGGCGGCUACGGUCUGGGUCUGGAGCGCUUCCUCACCUGGCUCCUCAACAGACAUCACAUCAGGGACGUGUGCUUGUACCCUCGCUUCAUCCAGCGCUGCAGGCCCUGA